AGGGUGGUGGUGAUGAUGGUGGUAGUGGUGAUGGUGGUGGUAGUGGUGAUGGUGGUGGUGGUGGUGGUAGUGGUGGUAGUGGUGGUGAUGAUGGUGGUGGUGGUAGUGGUGGUGAUGAUGGUGGUAGUGAUGAUGGUGGUGGUGGUGAUGGUGAUAGUGGUAAUGGUGGCAGUGGUGGUGAUGGUGGUGGUGGUGAUGGUGAUAGUGGUAAUGGUGGCUGUGGCAGUGGUGGUGCUGGUGGUGGUGCUGAUGAUGGUGAUGGUGAUAGUGGUGAUGGUGAUAGUGGUGAUGGUGAUAGUGGUGAUGGUGGUGAUGCAGAAGAAGGAGGAGGAGGAGCAAUACUAACAAUAAUGGGGAAAGACUUGGCUGCGAUGCCUGGUGUUGAGGGAAGCAGGAUCAACAUAAGCCUUAGGAUGGGCUCCAGAUGUGCAGGCUGGAGAGUGCCAAGGACAUCUGGAGGUUGGUGCAAGAUAGAUGGAGCUCAGGCGCUGGAGCAGAAUGCACAGGGUGUGCGGAACUCGGGGAUCUAGACAAAUGGUGUCUUUUUUUUUUUUUUUUUUUUUGUUCUUUUUUUCGGAGCUGGGGACCAAACCCAGGGCCUUGCGCUUCCUAGGUAAGCGUUCUACUACUGAGCUAAAUCCCCAGCCCCUUAGACAAACGGUGUCUUAAUGCAGUGUGUGUGUGUGUGUGUGUGUGUGUGUGUGUGUGUGUGUGUGUUUGACUUUUCCCUUCCAGUGCUGGCAUGGGACUCAGGGCUUUAUAGGUGAGAGGCAGGUGUUCUACUGUUAAGUGACAUCCUCAGCCGGUUAAUAUAAUCAUGUGCCUGUACGUGCGUGUGUGAGUGUGUAUGUGUAUGGAUGUGUAUAUGUGGGUGUGCAUGUGUGAGUGUGCAUGUGUGUAGAUGUAUAUAUGUGUGUGCGUGUGUGUGAGAGCAUGUGCAUGUGUGUGUCUAUAUAUGUAUGCCCACACAUGAGUAUGUACGCAUAUGUAUGGGUGAGUAUGUAUGUGUGCAUGUAUGAGUAUGCAUAUGUGUGCAUGGGCAUGGAUAUGUGUGUCCACACAUGAGUGUGUGUGUGUGCGUGUGCGUGUGCGUGUGCGUGUGUGUGUGUGUGUGUGUGUGUGCAUGAGUAGGCCAGAUGUACACUAAGUCACUCUCUGCCUAAUUCUUGGUGCUCACCUGUUUGGCUAGGCUGGCUGGCCAGCAGGCAGCCGGGAUCCUGUUUCUGCCUCCCCAGUACUGCCGUGCCGUACCUGGCUUUCGAUGUGUGCUGCUGACAAGUCUUCAUGCUCCUUUGGCAAGGGCUGUACACACUGAACUGUCUCCCAGCCUCACAACAUGGUAUUUUCAAAACCUGAAACUAUACUUCUGUGGUGAACAGAUUUCAAGAUUUCAUCCAGAUGCUGGCCCCAGCCCCACCAUACUUCCAGCACUCUGCCUGGCCCAGGCCUGAGAGACUGGUGUGAAGUCUAGUUUGCCUUUGAAGCUGGGGUGAGAACAGGCCAGCUGAGGUUAGUGCAGGCAGCCUGUGACCAUGUGGCAUUGCUGGAGGAAGGGAGUGUGAGUCACUUUGGCCCAAAGCAACCAUCUAGACCCUACAGCUCUGAGUACAGGAUGCACAGCCUGGAGGGUGUCGCCAGCCCCCACCCUGUGUGCAGGCUCUCCACAGACACCCUAUGUCCAUCACAGGAGUCCUCUGAUUUGUGGGUCCCAGAAGCCCUUAGUGUCUGAAUCCCCAGUCACCUCAUCCAGAUAUGGAAGGGGGACCCCAACCUUUAACUCUUUUGCACUGUAUCUAUGAGCACCUAUUAGCCACUGACAUAGCCUUUUGUCCCCAGGCCACUUGGCCAUUCUCUUGGUUGAUUUUCUUGUCUGCAGAUUUCCUACUGUCUCUACCUUCCCGGGGCAUUGGCAGGUGGCUUGCAGUAGAGCUGGAGUUCAGAGCCCUGUGCAAGGCAGGAGUUGUGUAGUUCAGGUGGUAAAAUGCUUGCCCAGAGUGCGUGAAGGCCUGGGUUCCAUCCCCAGCACCACAAAAACCCGACACGGUGCUGCAAGCCUGCAGUCCCAGCAUUUGACAAAUGGAGGCGGGAGGGCCAAGUAUUCAAGGCCAUCCUCAGCUACAUUAUCAAGACCAGCCUGAGCUACAUGAGAUGCUGUUUCAAAACUGAACCAAACCAAAAAGCCAGGCAACCUGCAUUUGAAUUUUGGCCCUGACACUCCUGGUUUGAAGGUCCAGGACAGUCUCGUGUCUAGUGCCUCAGUUUCCCCACUCCACAGGUUGUUGAGAGGUUGAUUGGAAGGAAGUACAGAGAAGUGCCUGGGCACUUUGAUGGUAUGCUGAGCUGCACAUAGUAGGUAGGCACUUAGUAGGUGUUUGGUGGUGUCCGUAGCAUGCUCCAGACUGACUGUCAUGGUGGUUCCUGGCUUCCUGCUUGACUGGAGGUGGAGGUCCCUGAUCCAGGGCCAUUGUCUUUGUUUGUGAGCAUUUCCUCUCAUAUGUACGUCUGUUCAUGCCUAAGCGCCCAUGAGGGUUUGAACCACUCACGCCUUGUUGUCUGCCACUGUAAAAUAUUUUUUUUAAAGAUUUACUUUAUUUAUAUAAGUGCACUGUAGCUGUCUUCAGACACACCAGAAGAGGGCAUCAGACCUCAUUACAGAUGGUUGUGAGCCACCAUGUGGUUGCUGGGAAUUGAACUCAGGGCCUCUGGAAGAGCAGUCAGUGCUCUUAACCGCUGAGCCACCUCUCCAGCCCUCGUAAAAUAUCUUAAAUGGCCAAGAUCUGAAGCCUUACCUCCCUUGGUGCCCAUAUUGUUGGCCUCCAAGUUUAGAGAUGGUCACUGCUCCAUCAGUGAGUGCCCAUGACAGCCUUGACUGAUAGGACUCCACCUUGGGUGCUAGGGACACAGCCCUGGGACAUAGAGGCCAGGAAGACAGCUCUGUCCGCUUGGCUUCUUGACAGGUUUUAUUACUUCUGUGACCAGGAGGGUCCCACGGUUUCCACUCUGUGCUCACAGGCCUCCAAGGCCAAGAGGAUUCCCUCUAAUGCCAUCGAAACUGCUCUACCAAAGUCACUUCUGUUCUGAGGCCCCAUGAGCUGGCCAAAGGGCCCUUUCGAGUUCCCUGUUCAGGAAGUCACUUGAGUCCCAUGUGGCCCGGCUUCCGGGGCUGGACCAAGACUUUGAGCACACACUGCUUUUGAUCUGAGCUAAGGGACAGGACAAACUGUUGUGGCUGCUGUAGCACCUCUCUUCUGCCUCUCGGGGCUCUGAGCAGGCCCACUAAAUCCAGUAGAAGGCUGCCCCUAGCUACUGUCCCUAUGCUGCCUCCUGUCAUUUGUCCCUUACUGUCUUCUGGGUAGAGUUCACAAGAGCAGAGCCCUGGUGGUGGUGGAUCUUCUGCCUCUAACUUCACGGCAGGUCUUCUUUGCAUACCUGCCCAAUCUCCUGUUCUACCAAGGAUGGGGAUUCCUCGUGUGUUCCUGUGCACAUGUGUGUGCACAUGUGUGUGUGUUUAUGUAUGUACGAGUGUUUGUGUGCAUGUGUUUUUGUGUAUGUACAAGUGCAUGUGUGUUCAUGUGCAUAUGGGUGCAUGUGCAUAUGUGCAUAUGUAUAUGCAUGUGUGUUAUUUAUGUGUAUGUGUUCAUAUGUGCAUGUGUGCACGUGUGUGUAUUGUAUGUUCAUAGUGCAUGUGUGUACACGUGUGUAUUGUAUGUUCAUGUGUGCGUGCGUGCAUCUGCAUGUAUGUUUAUUAUGUGUGCAUGUGUGUGCAUGUGUGGCAUCCUUGUCAGUGUCUUCCUUUAUUUUUUGAGAAAGGGCAUUCUCACUGAACUUGGCUAGACUGCUUGGCCAGCAACCCCAGGGAUCCCCCGUCUCCAUUCUCCUUCCUCGCAGUGCUGUAUACUUAGGUGUUGUGGUAAAACACUGGCUACUGAGCCAGAACCCCCAGCUUCCUCUGCUGUGUUUUCAGGCCCCCACCAAGGGACCCAGCUAGAGGGGUGACAGCUUUCCAUGCACAGCAGGCCGACCGCUGCUGGCUCUCCUCUGCCCAGCCCUGGGAGAAGGGAGUGUCUGUACUUCUAGAAAUGAUGGUUCAGGAUGGUCCCUGCUCCUGGCUCUGUUCUCUCAGUCCUCAGGCCUCUUCAGGCUGGCUCCCUGCAGUUCCGCUGACUAAUGCUUAUCUGUGACUGGGGGCGGGGUGGGGAACAGGUCCUUGUCACAGCUGGCUCCGGUUACAGAGGGUUGAGAUGCACCAGAGCAAGGCCCCACACAAUCUACUGUAUUACCGACCACCCUGAUUUCAGGAAACCCAGCCCUCAGGGCUCCCACGGCCCCCAGACUCCGAGGUGGCUCCCAGCUGUGUUGGCGACAUGGCUGACAACCCUAGAGAUGCCAUGCUCAAGCAAGCGCCCGUGUCGAGGAAUGAGAAGGCCCCCGUGGACUUUGGCUAUGUGGGGAUCGACUCCAUCCUGGAGCAGAUGCGCAGGAAGGCUAUGAAACAGGGCUUCGAGUUCAACAUCAUGGUGGUUGGGCAGAGUGGCCUCGGGAAGUCCACCUUAAUCAACACCCUCUUCAAGUCCAAAAUCAGCCGGAAGUCGGUGCAACCCAUCUCGGAGGAGCGUAUCCCCAAGACGAUUGAAAUCAAGUCCAUCACUCACGAUAUUGAAGAGAAGGGGGUCCGAAUGAAGUUGACAGUGAUUGACACUCCAGGCUUCGGGGACCACAUCAACAAUGAGAACUGCUGGCAGCCUAUCAUGAAGUUUAUCAAUGACCAGUAUGAGAAGUACCUCCAGGAGGAAGUCAAUAUCAACCGGAAGAAACGCAUCCCUGACACCCGCGUCCACUGCUGCCUCUACUUCAUCCCAGCCACCGGCCACUCACUCAGGCCCCUGGACAUUGAGUUCAUGAAGCGCCUAAGCAAGGUGGUGAACAUAGUCCCCGUCAUUGCCAAGGCUGACACGCUGACCCUGGAGGAGAGGGUCUACUUCAAACAGCGGAUCACCUCAGACCUGCUGUCCAACGGUAUUGACGUGUACCCCCAGAAGGAGUUUGAUGAGGACGCAGAGGACCGACUGGUGAACGAGAAGUUUCGGGAGAUGAUCCCAUUUGCCGUGGUGGGCAGCGACCAUGAGUAUCAAGUCAAUGGCAAGAGGAUUCUGGGAAGGAAGACCAAGUGGGGCACCAUUGAAGUUGAGAAUACCACUCACUGUGAAUUUGCCUACCUGCGGGAUCUCCUUAUCAGGACGCACAUGCAGAACAUCAAAGACAUCACCAGCAACAUCCACUUCGAAGCCUACCGUGUGAAACGCCUCAACGAGGGCAACAGUGCCAUGGCCAACGGGAUCGAGAAGGAGCCGGAAACCCAGGAGAUGUAGAUGCGUCCCGCCCCUGGACCCCACCCCCAGAUCUUUUCAUCAUCCCUGGCCCACCCACCUACCCUGUCUUAUUUUAUAUAAUUAUCUCCAUUUGUCACCUGCCUCCAUCUCUUUCCACACUUUGCCAGGUAACAAGAGAGGGUUUACCUCCCAAGUGUGUUCUUAUUGGCUGCAGCAUCAGGGUGGGCGGGGCUACAGCCUGGGCUUGCCCCUGUGCUCUACUUCCUCCCCAAGUUGUGAAGGCUCGACCUGGCUCAGCCCCUGAGGAGUUAGAAGAGCUAUGUGUCCGUGCCCGCUCUGAGUUCUUAGCUGAAUCCUGUGGGGGCCAGGUCCUAGGACGUGCAGAGAAGCCCAUUAAGCCACAAGACCCCAUGGCCAGCCUCAAGCAGGUUAGAGGCUGUACCAGAGGAGGAUGGGGCUGGCCAGGUAGUCCUGGUUCCCCACGUACCCCUCCAGGAGGCAUUGCUCACAGCACCCUCAGCUGCCUGCCCCUCAAGGGAACUAGAGACGUCACAGCCAAAGUUGCCAAUCACUUAGACAAAGUGACAACCAUGUCCCUCGAACUUGUCCCAGAGCAGAAAGUGCCUUGACCCAUAAGAACUAGUCGCCUCUUCCCAAAUGUCCCUUUGGGUGAAAAGCAGGGACGUGCUGGAGAGGGGGAAAUGUCUUUUCUCCCUCACCCUUCGAUUCUCUCUCCCCUGUGCUGUAGAUAGCGCUACUACACUGGGCUUUAAUUAAAAGAGACGGAGCAUGAAAAAGGCAUCCCAGCCCCGCUCCCAAUAUUAGGAAGGUCAAAGCAAGAAGAUUUGUGGAAGCCAUGAGGGAGGAAACCUCCUGAGGGAGGAAAGCUGUGGAAGGAAAGCACAAGGGUGCAUGGGAGCUCUCCUGCCCAGGUGCCUCGUUUCUGUCUGGUCCUCAGUUUGGCCCAAGAUGCUCUGGUUACAUUGGCGCUCCGUUGCCCCACCCUACACACCCCACCCUCAAGCCUUGAUCCAGUGACUGUACUGGGUGGGAGCCAGAAACCUGACCAUUUUGUUAUCUACACGAGCCUAGACCCCUGUGCCCCAGAACCCAUCAAGAAUACCUGCAAAGAGGGAGAGAUGAGGGGGUCAGAGAGGGAUAGUCGGGCUCACUCAUCUUCUCUCAGAGGGAACCAUUAGGGACCAGCCAUGCACAGCUGACCAAAGCCAUGUCCUUCCUGCCUGCCUACCAUGCUUGAUUGCCUCUGGGGAGGAGUUUGGUGAGGUUAGUUAGGUCGGACCCGCUUGGGGAAGGUGCCUCUACAGACCCCGGGCUAGCUCUCUGCAGCCUAGAAGUGUAGUGGGAGGGGUAGGUGUGCAGACAGAUGUGAGGAGAGCAUUGUUCCCUGCGUUGGGCGCCUACUCACCCACCCAAGCGUGGAAGGCCCCUCCCUCGUCACGCUCUACGGCCGAACAGUUCGCUUGCUAGCUUGCCAAGUUCUUUUGCCAAAAUCAGGACUUUGAAGGAAAUCUCCAGCACGCUGGACCCAGGGCACCCCGGUCUUCUCUGAUCCCAGUGUCCCUGGGGAUUUAUCAGUGACCGGUGUCAUCAGGAUGACUUUGUGCCUCUGUAACCAGGUAUUGAAACUGUUCGUCUCACCAGGCCAUUCCACGUGGCCCUUUGCUGGGGGCUUCCUGGUGGGGGGUGGAAAAGUCUCUUUUUUUGUAUAAAUAACAAAGUGUUGAAAUGUAUUUCCUGAAAUAAAUGUUUCAAAUACAAA